AUCAACUUCACCUAUACAUAUUCACGAAAUUACCAACCUCCAGCGUCAAAAGAUAGAUCUCAUAUCUGUCGCACAACAAUUAAUUUUGAUCUGCCAAUAUUCGCACAUCGAUAUCGACGAGAUAUUCUGUACUUUUACCAUCAUAUAACAAGUAUCGGCAAUACUUGGUCAAAUCUGUUCCGAGGGAAUUGAAUCGCGUCAUUACCAACCGCUUCUUGCGCGUAUUGGCCAUCUGCCAUUAACCCUCUUAAUGCAUGCAGUCGCAUAUUGAUCUUUUACAAAGAGAUGGUGGUUGGCAGAAGGAAGGAGAGGUAGAUUAAUACAGUCACACGAUGUCUCGCGCAUCUGGGGCGAGUUUCGCACAAUUCUUUCCAUCGGCUCCUCGAGCUGCGAAAGACAAAGCAAAGGAGAGGGAAAAGUCAAAGGCACAGCAGGCAGAUUCGCCUACCACCCUUUCUGUCACCGAUACCCAAAUUAAUGCGAAAGCUUUAACUGACAAUGCUUCUAUUACACGUCUUUCAGAAGAUAUAUCAAUUCCAAUUGCGGAUCCUCCUACCCUGACGACAGAAGAUAACGAAUCUGUACAAGGCGAUAUUUUGAAUGGUGUAGGCUCAGCAAGCUCACAUUCGAGUUCUGGAUCAUCCCUUUUCAGUGUCAGCCAUCAGCUUUCCAACAGCAUGCAAGCAUCUGCUGCUUCUCGAAAUAUCAACGAUCUAACACCAUUGACAAAUGCCGACUCAUCACCUAAUGGUGUUGCAAGUCCGGGUAAUGCCAAGGCUGAUAUGCCUGUCACCGCUACAUCUCGCGCCGCUCUUGAUAAUACAAAAUCUCGGCAUGUCGUUGCCAUACCCAAUUCUGCCCCGGCAGAGCAUACUCCCAUCGAGCCACGAGUCCUCGCUCGAGACCCAGCACGAGGUGUAAAGGGGAAAAAAUGCACCUAUGAUCCUUUCCACGAUCCUCAUAUCCAUUCGACGAAAGAAAAACAUAAUCGCCGCCCACAUUAUAAGGAGUUUGGUUUGAAAGAUGACGCCCCCCCAGCGGAUCCGCGGUUAGCGAAAGGAAGCAGAUUGUCAUACAUCAAUACCGAUUACCAUAAUGCAUUAUCGCGACUCAACCAUUCGCCGUUUAUGCUACCAAAGUACAAAUACAACCCGAAAACUCAUUAUGGACCUGGCCCACCAACGGAAAUUGUUGUCACUGGAUAUGAUCCUUUAAUAAAUUUUAUGAAGGUCACCAAUGUUUUUACUCAUUAUGGACAAAUCGCGGAGAGCAGUAAUAAACUACAUCCAGAGACAGGAAGUUGUUUGGGCUUUGGCACAUUUCGAUAUCGAGAUACUAAAAGGAAGGAUGGCACAAUUUUAACAGCGGCAGAGGCUGCCAAGAAAGCCGUCAUGAGAGGUAGCAGUGUGGUAGGGCUGGGACCGAGGAUCAAGGUCCAAUUCGAUCCGCAGGGAAAGCGCAGUACUCGCAUGCUUGAGAAUGCUUUGGAAAAGUCGAAACCCGAACCUUUACCUCUACCGCCCAAGGAGCCACCACCUCCCGCUAAACCUGAAGUUGUCAAAUCAUCUGGACCCCCGCCAAGUGCCCCCAAAGGACCUGCCGCCCUUUCUGGUAGGCCACAAUUUAGACCAGCCAGCAUAGUACAAGCUGCGAUUCCUACGAAACCGCGUCAGCAGACAUUGAUCGAGGAUGAACCGAUUGCGCAACAACUUGAGGAUGAGCCCUAUAUUUUUAUUUCGAAAGAUUAUGUUCCUGUUAUUCCAGCGACAAUUCUCCAUCUGAAAAAGCGGCUUAAGAACCAUUUCCUGGAGGAUGUGAGAGUUGAUAGAACAGGUUAUUAUGUGGUCUUCGCGCUUAGUGAUGAGGGAAGAUUUGAGGCAGACAGGUGUUACAAUUCUUGUAAUGGCACUGCGCUGUUCUCCUAUGAGAUGAUUAUGAAGCUUUACUUAUGGGGCACUGGAGGUCGACGACAUGAACAUCGCGAUCGCGCAUCCGAAAGAGGCCAUCACCGUCGAACUCGCAGUCCUGACCCGCGCUUGACUGAGCAGAAAAGGAGGAAGGAGAUCGAGGAGAUUAGGAAGGAAGAAGAGGCUGAUCUUGAGGACGAGAAGCGAGAACGGGCCAAAAACUUCGAUCCUGCCCGUGAAGCUAUUGAAGUCAUUAAACGAGAGUUAAUGACACAUCUGAUGGACAAGGUGAAGGAACGGAUAGCAAAUCCUUGCCUCCGAAAUUUCAUGGAUCCAUCGAAUCAUGUAGCAAAACGACGCAAGUUAAAUAUACAUGACCCUAAUGCCAAGACGUCCUUCAUCGACGAUGAGGAAGACCAGGAUAAUAGCAACGCUAUUGCUACGCCUAACUCACGAAUCGAGGACCGCAAUUCCCUAGCAGCAGGGAAGGUUAAUGUUACUGCUCUGCCUAGGAUCCGUAAAAGAGCCAAGGCGGAAAAGAAUCGCAAUGUUGGAUUUACCGAUCCCUUCGCCAGGCCCACCCGGAAAGCUUACGUUCGGCCCAUGCAUUUCCUCAUCGGAAGGGAGGACGAAGAUUCUGAUGAUGACAAUGAAGCUCGUUCCAGGACAAGAGGCACUGAAGAGGUUGAGUCACGCCCGAGAAGCCGUGUGGGUACUGACGAUGAAGCCUCUGAUGAUGACACGGAUUCCAUGAGCCGAAAUGUAAAGGAGAGGUCCCAGUCGUUGGACACUCGAGAUGGGGAGUCUGCAAGUGAAGUCAGUUUCUCUGAACCUGCCAUAUCAACAAAGAAAAGAAAAUUGGAUCUGCAUAUGGAAGCUGCGAAAAAGCGACAGAAGAAAACCGACGAGGAACUCUUUGGUGUGCCCGUGGCAAAGAUUGAGCCCCUCUCAGAAACUCCCACCGAGGCAGGUAUUUCUGAGCUUGAUGGGUUCCAGAAGACAGAAUCCGAGACAGAAGCUGCUUUGGCUGCUGUGGCGGCUAGAAAGAAGGCUGCCAAAUCGGCAAAGAGGAAGAAGUCCAAGAAGCAGAUUUUCGAGGAAAGGGAGGCCCUUAAAAGACAGCAACUGGGUACUACUGAAGAUGAGAUUGUUCCGGAAGAAGCCGAUGAGGAGUCUGAAUUUGAGGAGAACAUUGUCGAUACAGCACCUGUGGUAACAUCUGUUAAAUGGGGUAUCUCUAGCGAUGCACCCUAUCCCACCGUCGAUGAUGACUUUGAUAAUAUCCUCGAUAUUGACGGGCUGCAAAAUAUCCUCAAGGAUGACGAAGACGCUGGACCUGCACUCAAAAUCUUCAAGACGGACUUCAAACUUAGCGAUCCUGCUACCUGGGCAUGGAGACAAGGGCAAAUCAAGUCACUCAAUCGUAAUGGAUAUAAAGGUAUCGUUAAGGAUGAGACGACAAUACCUGGCUACUAUGUGGAGACUUCGACUGGCUGUGCUCGUACUGAAGGCACGAAGAAGAUUCUGAAUUCCGAAAAGUCUCUUUAUCUACCUCAUCGUAUCAAGGUUCAAAGGGCACGCGAAGAACGUGAAGCACAAGCUAAACGAGCCGGUAAAGAUGUUGUCGCAGAAGCAGCAGAGGCAGCUAAGAUUGCAGCAGAAAAGUUACUUGCCCGUACAUCUGGUCGUGCUACCCGUGUCAAUAAUCGUCGUUACGUUGCCGACCUUAAUGAUCAGAAGAAGACUCUUGGUGGUGAUACUGAUGUCUUGCGUUUCAAUCAACUUAAGAAACGUAAGAAGCCUGUCAAGUUCGCUCGUUCUGCUAUUCACAAUUGGGGUCUUUACGCCAUGGAGAAUAUAGCGAUGAAUGAUAUGAUCAUUGAGUAUGUCGGUGAGAAGGUUCGACAACAAGUUGCAGAUCUUCGAGAGAACAGAUAUCUCAAGAGUGGUAUUGGAAGUAGUUAUUUGUUCAGAAUCGAUGAAAACACAGUCAUUGAUGCAACAAAGAAAGGUGGUAUCGCAAGAUUCAUCAAUCAUAGUUGUAUGCCCAACUGUACUGCAAAGAUCAUCACGGUGGAGAAGAGUAAGAGAAUUGUCAUCUAUGCGCUGCGUGAUAUCGCACAGAAUGAGGAACUCACCUACGAUUACAAAUUCGAGCGUGAGAUUGGUAGUACGGAUCGUAUUCCAUGUCUCUGUGGUACACCGGCGUGUAAAGGAUUUCUUAACUAAUUCAAUUACUUUCUUUUCAUUCCUUAACAUCAUACACUUUUUUCAACAUUCGGCAUUCUUGAGAGCCGGGGUUUGUGAUUAUACAAUCAAUUGGCUCAAUUUGAUCAUUACGGGAGUCAUUCAUCUGUGCUUUCGGCAUACAAUCAUGGGGAUGGGCAAGGCUGGGGGUUAUCAAAAAACAACAUGUACUCUUUUCAACAUAUCGAGUCGUCGGGCGUUACUGCUGGUCUGGUUUUCUUUUCUUAACUUUGACACUUUUUGAUUUUCAAAGUUUUGUUCGCACGAAGAAAGAUAAUGAAUGGCAUUUUCCUCUUCGUUUGUAAUUGAUGGCGGAAACUUGAUACGAUAUGAUAGCAAUGGAGGAUGAGAAGGCGGGCAUACGACGGAAGUCGGAGAAAAGACUUGCGAAACGGAGUGGCGUGACGUGGACAGAUGCUAGAAGAGAAUUUUGGCAUCUCUUGUAUUUAUUGUAAGAUAAGAUUUUUUUGCCUCCUUAACUUAGAAGGGGUGAAGGCGCAAUGCAAGCAUCGGUCAUUGAGGGAGGGAGUGAGAUUGAGAGAGAAUGAGAGGGGAUUCAUCCCAUUUAGGUGGUUACUUGUCAAUGAGUCAGCGGGCUGCGAGUGAGCGAGUGAGUGAGCGGGUGAAUGGAUGGAUGGAUGAAUGGAUGAAUGAAGUGGAUAGGAGGUGUCAAAAUAGAUAGGAGUUUCAUAUCGAGAGAUAUUUUUCGAUUGAAAUUGAAAAUUGAAGAUUGAGGUUGAGAUUGAGAUUGAGAAUGAAUUUCGAGAUUUGAAAUUU